AUGGGAAUGGCUUUGGGCGAUGCGCUCGGUGCUUGUGUCGAGUUUCGACCUCAUGAAUAUUUGACUGCACAUCCAGUUAAAAAUCUUAUGGGAGGUGGAACAUGGGGCCUGGAAAAGGGACAAUUUACAGACGAUACUUCCAUGGCUCUCUGUCUGGCCACAUCGCUUAUUGCUCGACGUGAUUUUGUACCCUAUGAUCAAUUGGUACGCUACAAAUGGUGGUAUCAAUAUGGCUAUAUGUCGUCAACAGGAAAAUGUUUCGAUAUUGGUGCAGCUACUAGGCAAUCUAUUAUUCAGUUUGAAAAGAAUCAAAAAGAUUUUGCGAAUAAAACCAGUAUUCCUAUUGACUAUAUGGAUUUCCUAUGCGAUCCAAAUUGUUUAAGUGAAUUUAACGUAUAUUGCAGCGAAGCUGGAGUCGCAGGAAAUGGAGCUCUUAUGCGUCUCGCACCUGUUCCACUUUUCUUCUAUCGAAAUCCUAAAAAAGCCGUUGAAUAUGCAGGUAUCAGUGGUAAGAUUACCCAUGGUGAUGACAAAGUCUAUGAUGCAUGCCGAUUUUAUGCAGCACUUAUUAUAGGUGCUCUUCAACACAAAUCUAAAAAUGAGUUACUCAAAGAAACAUUCUAUACCGACAAUAAAAUAUGGUUUGGAGACAAGGAUCUUCAUCCAGAUAUUCAAAAAAUUUCGGAUGGAUCAUACAAAAAAAAAAGAGGAUAUGAAGAUGGAAUUCGAGGCAAAGGUUACAUUAUCAGUGCUCUAGAAGCUGCUUUAUGGGCAUUUUGGAGCGAUGAGGACUCGUUCGAAAAAGGUGUAUUAAAAGCUAUCAAUCUUGGCGAUGAUACCGACACAACUGCAGCUAUCUAUGGUCAAUUGGCAGGUGCAUACUACGGUUAUAAGGCAUUGCCUGAAGAAUGGCUUGAACAUAUGUAUGGAAAAAGAUUCAUCAAGUGCUUGAGCAAAUGGAUCGUAUACGAAGGAGAAAACUGGUCGAAAAGUCACAUAUAUGACGAUGGUGAUACCGAACAUAAUGAUGUAUUACCAGAAGAAAUACCUGAUAGGUCGCGUUUCCGCCGUUUUACAGUUCAUACAAUGGUGUCCAAGGCCUCAGACUCAAAUAAUGAUAAUCAGAACAUUGCAACUACGUAUCAAUCAUCAAUGCCAAAAAAUGAUCGUAGAUCAUCCGAAGACUUAACCAAUAAUAAACCGUUACAAGCAGCGACUUCAUAUCAGUCAUCAAUGUCAAAAAAUGAUCGUAAACCAUCCCAAGGCUUCAGCGAUAAAAAACCGUUACAGAGAGCGACUUCCUAUCAACCAUGCAUGCCAGAAAAUGAUCUUAGAUCAUCAAAGGAUUUAACCGAUAAUAAACUGAUACAGGAAGAUUUGGAACUUGCACCACCAGGUACUUAUUCACUUGGUAACAGUGGUCGACGACAGACCCAUAAUUAUCUUUUCGGUAAAUUUCCAAAAUCAUCAAAACAUUCAUAA